GGAGCGUUUGCUCCCGCCAGCUAAGGCUGCCCUAAUUGACCACUUUCCCAGUUGGCCCCCGCCUUCUAGUUACGGUGGGGUGUGUGUGUGUAGAGGAGCUAGGGAGGGGGAAGUUUCGCGACAUCGCCUUUGGCUGUCUCCGGCGGCGCCAUCUUUGUGUCUGGCGAGCGACGGCGCCCGACGGAGUCCUGAAGCCGUCGGUUCGCUUGCCAAGCUCCAGCCGAGACCGGAUCCAGGAAAUACGAGGCGGGCCUCGGUGGGAGGGACGCAUUGAGGGAGGAGGGAGAAAAGGAAAGGGGGCGGCGGCGGCGGCGGCAGCAGCAGCAGCAGCGGCGGCGGUGGCGGCGGCGGCUGCGGCUCCUCCUCCUCUCACCGGAUCCGGUCCCCGUGCGGCGCGCACCCGAGGGGGGUCGGGCGGGGAAGCGGCGCCGGCCCGGACCCCCCCGCGGGAGCAAGCGGCGGGAGAGAAGGUGAGGCAGCGGCAUCGGCAGACCGGGAGCAGCGGCUGCCGGGAUAGUGUCUGCAGCCUUUUCUCAAGUUUUUCACCGUGAACUGUUGUGUGUCAAACUGGACAAGUUAUCUUAGUUGAAGCUUCAUCAUUUUGAAAAAUUGGAGACUACUGAAAAGAAGGUGCUUUUAGAGCCGAAGAUGUGAAUAAGACUCCUGUGCUGGAGAUUCUAGAUCAUCUUGAGGAUCCCACUGGGAUAAUGUUUAGUUGUCAUGUCUUCUUAGGCUCCUCUUGCUGUGACAAUUUCUUGGAUUUUCAUUGGUUUGAUGACACUGUCAGCUGUGAGGAGAACUGAUCAGGUAAAAAUGAAUGCGGUGUUGGAAGAUCACUACAAUCGGAAGGCUGGUUAGCGUCAAUUUCCUAAGAGAUACUUGACCACUAUUUGUUCUGGCAUGGCGCAGAGCACUCCACAGCUUGACAUGCAGGUUCUCCAUGACCUCCGACAGCGUUUCCCGGAGAUUCCAGAGGGUGUUGUGUCUCAGUGCAUGUUACAGAACAACAACAAUCUUGAAGCCUGUUGCCGAGCCCUCUCUCAGGAGAGUAGCAAAUACUUAUAUAUGGAAUACCACAGUCCAGAUGACAACAGGAUGAAUAGAAAUCGCCUUUUGCAUAUUAAUCUGGGUAUCCAUUCUCCGAGUAGCUACCACCCAGGAGAUGGGGCACAACUCAAUGGGGGUCGAACACUGGUACAUAGCUCAAGUGAUGGACAUAUUGAUCCACAGCAUGCAGCGAGUAAACAGCUGAUAUGUUUAGUUCAGGAACCACACUCCGCUCCAGCUGUUGUGGCUGCUACUCCAAACUACAAUCCAUUUUUUAUGAAUGAACAGAACAGAAGUGCAGCUACUCCUCCCUCACAACCACCUCAGCAGCCAUCUUCCAUGCCCACAGGAAUGAAUCCAUCUGCUAUGCAAGGGCCUUCACCGCCGCCACCUCCUUCGUACAUGCACAUACCUCGGUAUAGUACAAAUCCGAUUACUGUUACAGUGUCCCAGAACCUCCCUUCUGGACAAACUGUACCAAGAGCUUUACAAAUUCUUCCACAAAUUCCAAGCAAUCUCUAUGGGUCUCCUGGUUCUAUUUAUAUUAGACAGACAUCUCAGAGUUCAUCAGGAAGACAAACUCCUCAGACUACACCAUGGCAGUCCUCACCACAGGGCCCAGUGCCUCAUUAUAGCCAACGUCCUUUACCUGUUUAUCCACAUCAACAGAACUAUCAACCUUCUCAGUAUUCUCCCAAACAACAGCAGAUUCCUCAACCUGCUUACCAUUCGCCACCUCCUUCUCAGUGUCCUUCACCCUUCAGCUCUCCACAGCAUCAGGUGCAGCCUUCCCAGUUGGGCCACCCAAGUUCCCACGUCUUUAUGCCCCCUAGUCCUUCAACUACUCCACCGCAUCCGUAUCAACAAGGACCUCCCAGCUAUCAGAAGCAGGGAAGCCAUUCAGUAGCUUAUCUCCCAUACACAACAUCUAGCUUACCCAAAGGAUCCAUGAAGAAGAUAGAAAUUACAGUAGAACCCUCUCAAAGACCUGGGACAGCAAUGAACAGGAGUCCUUCACCUAUCAGUAAUCAACCAUCUCCACGGAAUCAGCACUCACUGUACACAGCCACCACACCACCUUCAAGUUCUCCUUCAAGAGGAAUAUCCAGUCAACCAAAACCUCCAUUUAAUGUUAAUCCUGUGUAUAUUACGUAUACACAGCCAACUGGACCUUCAUGUGCUCCGUCACCAUCUCCUCGAGUGAUACCAAACCCAACUACAGUUUUUAAAAUUACUGUAGGUCGAGCGACGACUGAAAAUCUUUUAAAUUUAGUGGACCAAGAAGAACGUUCUGCAGCCCCAGAACCUAUUCAGCCCAUUUCAGUGGUACCAGGCUCUGGGGGAGAAAAGGGAAGCCAUAAAUACCAGAGGAGUUCUAGUUCUGGAUCAGAUGACUAUGCCUAUACACAAGCCUUGCUGUUACAUCAGCGAGCAAGGAUGGAGAGGUUAGCAAAGCAGUUGAAACUUGAGAAAGAGGAGCUAGAGCGGUUGAAGGCUGAAGUGAACGGGAUGGAGCAUGACCUGAUGCAGAGACGGCUCCGAAGGGUCAGCUGCACCACUGCAAUCCCCACGCCUGAGGAAAUGACAAGAUUGAGAAGCAUGAACAGACAACUCCAGAUAAAUGUUGACUGUACACUGAAAGAAGUUGACCUCCUUCAAUCUAGAGGAAACUUUGAUCCAAAAGCCAUGAAUAAUUUUUAUGACAACAUAGAACCUGGCCCAGUUGUACCACCCAAGCCAUCUAAAAAAGAUUCGUCAGACCCUUGCACAAUUGAGAGGAAAGCCCGAAGAAUUAGCGUGACCUCCAAAGUACAGGCAGACGUCCAUGACACCCAGGCAGCAGCUGCUGAGGAGCAUCUGACUGGCUCCAAACAGAGUCCUCGGACACAACCCCGUGAUGAAGACUAUGAGGGGGCCCCGUGGAAUUGUGAUAGCUGCACCUUCCUAAACCACCCUGCGCUGAACCGCUGUGAGCAGUGCGAGAUGCCACGGUACACUUGAACGCCCAAGAGUCUGCAUCGACCUGAGAGAGAAACUGGGAGUACCCACUAGAAGAAAAGGAGCCUUGGGAGUGUGUGCAUCUGCCCGGCCUUUUCAUUUCCGAUUCCACUGGGGGAGGAGCAGCGCCCCUGUAGGGCUCGUGCUCAUUCAAGAAAAAUGGGGAGUUCUCUUUGUUUUGGGUUUUCAUUUUUUCCUUUCUUAACUCAUUGCAGAGUGAGAUAGAAAGGGAUACUUGAAACUGGGAACUGGGAAAGGAUUCACUCCUGAAAGAAUAUACACAGAGAAGUCAACAGCUCUUCUGUGGAAUCCCAGUUGUUAAAGUUACUGCUGAGUGGCCCUUACUUUAUAAACUAGAACUUUAAAUCAUGGUGUGACAUGUUACAGUUUAUGCAGACAAACUGUGAAUUCUCAGAGCAGACUUAACCUGGUCACAGCUCUCUGGAAAACCAAGGUUCCCUAUGCUUCUUCCCGUUGUUUCCUACUGAAGAGAAGGACAGGAGAAAGCACUCAGAAUAUGACUUGGGGGGGGCGCAAAGUAAUAAGGGUAUGUGUAAUUGCUGCUUUUUUCAGAGGUAAUUUCAAACACACAAACACAAGUGGCUUAAAAUGUGAUUUGUAGCAGUCAAAGAAUGAGGCAUAUCGUGCCUUUCAUUCAGAAGUACAAUCAGAUGAGAAGAUCCCUUUUACUUGUACAAUAAUUCAUCAAGCUAAAUCAACACUGGUAACUAAGACCUAAUUAUGCCACAUAGUAGAUACAAUUUUUAAGUUACUGCAUGCUUUUAUUGGGCCACUGGCCUUAAAAAUAACAAGUCCUUACCAGUACGAUUUUAUGAAUUUUAUGAAUGACCUUCUUGUAAAACUGCGCUUUGCCAAUAGCACAGUGAAUGUAUGCCAAAUGUAAAUCCAUUCCAAAAUCCAUUCGGAAAUCUUGAGCUCAUCUGUGGUUCUGUAAGAAAUGUUUGCAGUCCAUAGGACUUUUUUAUCCUCCUUCCAAUUUUGUGAUGAAUUCACGAUGUUUACAGCACAGUGUUUUGUGCCAGAAUCCUUACUUAGCUGAAAAAAAAAAUCAACAUUAGCUGUUCAGUAUGGAUUGAUUUGCACAUGUUAGUAAGCCGGUGUGAGGGAAAUUACAGUUGGCCAAGAUCAUAAAGUUGUACACUGCAUUACCUGGGAGGAAGAGAAGGCUAGUCGAGAAACAGGAUUUUAAGAGAAGGGUGAAUACAAAGGACUUUAAAACUAAGAACUGUUUCAAUUUAACAUAUUGUAUUCCGAGAUAAUACUGAGUUUGUUCAAGUAGUUCAGGUGAUACUAAAGCACUCCUUGUUUAUGAAACCCCAGCUUUAAAGUAUGAAUAACUGAAGAGAUAUAAAGUCAUGUGACUCACUAGGGUGCACCACUGGAAAAUUAUUAAUAGGUCAUUUAAUUAAGGUCUCUGUCACUGUUGAAUUUCCUUCCUAGCUCAGAAUUGGAUUUUGGAAUCUUCCUGUUAUUUUGGUGAAUAUAAAAUAAAUAUAGCAAUAAAACUAGUAAUGUUUGUAAUCCUAAAGGAUUUUACCAGAGUUUUUGAGGAACAUCCAUUCUCCCAUACUGUGUGCCCCGCUACUCUCAUACUCACACACUCUCUCUGUCUGUCUGUCUCUCUCUCUCUCUCUCUCACACACACACACGCUCUUGUAGCUGUCACUGUAUUCUACUUUAGAAGUGCUAUCUGGCAGACCUGGAAAAACAAGCUGCACUUAAUAGUAUAAUGAAACCAAAGGCUUAAUAACCCAUCAUCAUUUUCCAUCAAAAUCAUCUAAUUUCACACUUGACCUACAGCUUUGAAAAUGUUCUUUUCCUAUGUGGAAAAUCCCCCCCCCGCCAAAUCCACUUGUCUCACAAAAAUAUGCAUGGCUAUGUUAUGACACUGAUAAAACAUCUCUCAUAAAACUGUGGCAAAACUGUGAAAAUAAUGGUGAGAAAACAGAUGGGCUUAAAAGAAUUGACCUGAAAACUGCAUUCUUUAAAGGUAUCUGUGACACUGGUAUCUGUCCGUCUCCAGUAGCCAUCUCUCAGUCCUGCUAUUCUGUAAUAUGCCAAUGCCUUUGCCUUUGUGUGGUUUUCGUAUCUCUUUAGGGACGAUCAACCCCCCCACGGUAUUAGAUAACAAUUUCGGGGAAAAAUAUAUAUACUGCUUGGUGUUCUAGCUAAAGGUUUACCAGUAUUCUUAGAUCUGCUGAAGGGGCAGCAGUUAACUUGGGACAUGUCCGUUGAGAAUGAAAGUAGCAUGUAUGCAAACAGUCGGAUGCUUUAUUAAAACCCUGUAGGUGACUUUACAACUACUGCAUGAACACACAUCCUGGUUAAUAAGCUGUUGUCACGCAAUAGAUGCAUGGUUCCAGUCCUUUGGUGAUCUAUCUAGUAAAUCAUUCUUUUCACCUGCCAGGAAAAAGAAUCAACCAGUCUCUCAGGUGUAGAGGGUGGGGUAGGAGACAUCAGAGCUGGGUUUUAAAGUCAUUUCGUCUGUGUUCAUUUCUGGUUGUGCACAAGUUUCAUAUGCCAACAUAGGCUAUAUUCAGUUUUUCAAGUAGGCAAAAUUGUCUUAACGCUGACAAAUGUGGUCAGUUUAACCAUGUUCCCUGUAUAUACUUCUUGCCCGUGACCGCUUUAAACAAGAAUUCAGUCCACUUCUAGGUGUCUUUUCAAAAGGAUCUCCUGGUCAGAUGGACAUGCACACGCAGUUGCGUCAGAGUGGGAGGAGAGAAGGUGCCUGUCUGCUGCCCUACUUUGGCUCUCGGGGUCCGUUGGUGCACUCGUUUUUCUAGUGAAAAGUAUGGUUUCUUAUAACACGCCUAGUUUGAUAUACCUGGUAACACAUAGGCCUGAUGAUACACGUUACAUUAUUUCAUGGUUUUGUAAACUGGGUUUUUAGAAAGCACGUUUGCUGUUUUGUUAAAAGUACAUUGCCCCUUAACUUUUGGAGUAGGUCUGAGGAGUUUAAAGUGGGAAUGGAAGAGCCAGAAACUUUCUCCGCAUUGUCAGAUAUAAUGACCUUGUAUGUGAGAGCAAAGAGGCAGGGGGCUUUAAAGAAACUAAAGAACUGCAUUGUAGAAAAGGUAGUUUUAGAGAAUAUAACAGAUGGUGGGGAAAGUCUUGCUAAUUUGUUUAUUUCCCUGAACGAAAUGGGAAGUGUGAUGAGCAGUUUAAUUUUUAAGGAGCUGGUCUCGAUUUUAGUACUUUUUAAUUAUUAAGAAAAUUAUUGUUUCCGUAAAUUUUGUCAUUGUUUUGUCCUGGUUACCAAGGGUUCGUAUCCAAUUUUCUGUGGCAACUCCGUUUUCUAUAGUAUUUUACAAGGUAACUGUAAUGUCUUUGACAGUAUAAACAAAAAGCAAGGAUAUAAGGCAUAGAAAAUUUGUCCUUUGAAAAUAUCAGUGAUGUAUCCUGGAAUGUGAAGAUGUCCCUUCAUAGUUAAAUUUGAUUUAUUUUGCUAUUGUAACCACUGUUCAGACUUGGAAUGAAUCCAUGUUACAGUGUGUGUAUAUCGAUCGAGCAAGAAAAAUGACCAUUGAAAUGUUACUAUAAAAAAUCAGAAUAAAUUGGGCACUGUCUGUUGCACCACUACUGUAUCUUUUCAAAAGAAUUAACAGUAUUUUCUUACUGUAAAAGUUAAUUCUGAUGGUGUUUUCACAUUCACUAGACCUGCAUUUUUUUCUUUAUUAUUUGCAUCCCCAAAUAUUUAAUACAAGUAGACUUUGCAUGGCUUGGGCAUUCAGAGAUUAAUAGGAUGGUGACCCAAUAUUAGUUUCUAAAGCCAUGAAAAGUUGCUUUGAGACUGAACAAUUCUGAAUUCUUAUUUAUAAUGACACCCGAUGUCCAUGUUUCCCUACUGUAAAAGAAUUGAUCAGUUUCUUCAUUAAAACAGCAAGACCUUAUUAAAUCUUGUAAAUACCAUGUUUCUUCUAGAUUUCUGUGUAUGCUGUGAAUCAUUAUUUUGAGGUGAAAUUGUACAAAGGCAUCUUAAAAGGCUAUGCAUGCAUCGUACUUCCAAACAGUACAUACUCGGAAAGUCGAAGAUUCCUGCAAAAUAAAUUAAUAAACUAAAA